CUUACAGCCCCGGGGACUUUCAACUACAAGACGUUCUUUGAACAAGUGGGGCUGACGGGUAAAGCUACUUCAGAUGGGGAGAAGGUGUUCAAGGCCCUGGACCAGGACAAGAGUGGAUUUAUUGAAAAAGAGGAGCUGAAACGCUUCCUCCAGAACUUCUGCUCUAAGGCCAGAGAGCUCACAGAGGCCGAGACCAACAGUCUCUUGGCAGCUGGGGACAAUGACGGUGACGGCAAAAUUGGGAUGGAAG